CAAAGAUUACGUUAAAUUUCGAGCCACGUUUCUUUGAUAAGCUAUUCAAAGAAAUGAAAAGAAGAAUGAAGAUCAUUAUCCAUAACAAAACGUCUAAUAAUAAUCAUUCUAUACACGAUCAACGAACAACAUCCAACAAUGAUAAAAAUUCGCCUCCCUCUAUGAACUGAAACAGCAACAACAAUCCGUUUCGAUUCCCUUAUUAUUAUACUAAAUAUUUAACCUGGAACGACAAUACACUGAAGCAAUAUUUUACACGUGAUCGAUGAAAAAACAAAUCACACCUGACAAUACUACCGAUUAAAGGUAAACACGAAGAAAAAGAAGAGGUGCGGGACGUGCGACAACGAGGAUGAAGAUAUACCCGUGUGUCGGGGGUAAGAAAAUAUUUCCAAACAACACAGUAAUACCCAGAAUGUUUAUACAAUUGCGAUAGCCCGUAUAUAACCUGGUCUCUCCGAAUAAUCGGCACCAAUCUGCGGAGUUCUAUCGAACAUGAAGAUCCCAGCGAUACUUGUGACGUCCCUGCUCACUUGGGGCCUCGUGGGCGCUUCCAUCGACGAUGAUCAUUCAAUGCUAUCCCAGAAGGAUGGCCACUCGCUCGAGAAGAUGCUGCUAUCGAAGGUGAUGACCAGCGCGAUCAGACACGAGAACGGUGCGCCAAUGUUGGGACUCGGCAAGCUGGUGCACAUUUCUCUGGGAAAAACCAAAGCUAGCGCCGCGGCCGAAGAGAAGGCUGCGGCUUUGGUGAAAGCAUCCGCGAUGAAUCUCGCUGAUGCUGUGGUAAAAACAACCGCGAGAUCGGCGGCCCUUUCGGCCAAAGCAGCCGCGGCUGUUAAGCAAGCGUUGAUGUUACAAGAGAAGGCCGAGGCUCUAGCUCAAGCCGCCCUGGAAGUUCAAACCGAACAGCUUGCCUUGUCGAGCCGUGCCGAGGCAGCGGGCUCCGUCGCUCAAGCCGCCCUUCAACGAACUCAAGGCGCUGCCCAGGUAGCCACAGCAGCGCAGAACCUCGCCAGCAACUACCAGGAACGCGCGAACGCCGCAGCAGCCGCCGAGGCAGCCGCAACCGAGAGGGCAUUAGAAAUCGCCGAUGUUUCGAGAUCGCUCGGACAAAUAGCUGCAGGCCUUUCAGCGGCCGCAGCCGGUGCACAAGCGAAGACAACUAAAUCGUCCGAGGCAACCGCGGCUGAAGCCGGCAGGGCAGCCUCGCUGGCAUCCGACGCCGACAGUGCCCAACAAGCCGCGACCAACGAGGCCCAAGUAGCCGCCAAAAUCGAAGGUAGAGCUGCCCGCGAAGCAUCCGCUAAUUCCGCAUCCCAAGACACGGACGCCGCUCAAUUGGAAGCUUCGGCGGCCGCGAAAACAACAGCAGCCGCAGCUAUUGGAGACGGUGUGAUCGUUGGUCUUGGAGAGGACGGUGGCGCCGGGGCUCAAGAAAUCGUUCAAGCUAAGGCCCUAGCUAAAGCCAGCGCUUGGAUAGGAAAAGACGGAUCCAGCAAAAAGGGAUGGGAAUAAAUCAAAGUCUGAUCCAAAUGAUAGCGGGGACAUAUUUCCCUUUUAGACAGUUGAACGUAUUGGAUUCCAAAGACAGUUGAAUUAUUGUAUGAUUAGAGCAGCGUCUACAGAGGGUUGAUUUAACAUUAAAAAAAAAAAGAUACUAACAUUGUCGAAGUGAACUUACCUACGUGACAAUAAAGAUCCACUGUUUUAGCAGA